CGCCGUUUUAUCAAACACCACCGCCAAUUCUCUCUGCAAAGUUUUGGAAUUUUCUCAUAUCUCAAGAAUUAGGGUUUGUUGAAAGGGUUAACGUUUCUUUAUGUUUCCUCAAAAUUUUCUUCACAUCAGACCAGGGUUUCUUUGAUCGCUACAACUUUCUUGAAAUCGACUCCUUAUUGUACUCAAAUUAGGAUUUUUGUUUUCUUUUUGGCUGUAUCCAAAGUAAAGAAAUGUUUAUAAUUUGUUCAAAUUCCGACGUCGUCUCCAUCUCGAUCUCUCAAAAUCUUCGUGUUUUCGGUCCCGGUUUGAAUCCUUUUGCUCCUUACUGCAUUGCCAAUCACUCUUCUCGUUAAAUUUCUUUAGAACAGGAAGAAAUAGAUAGAACAUGUAAAAUUGUGGUCUAUUUUGUCCUCGUUAUUGUUAAUUCUUCUCCUUCUUAAUAUUUAUUGUUUUUUAAUUCUUAAAAAACAGCGUUAAUUUUGAUAUUUCGAUUGAUAAAAUUUGGAAGGAAGAGAAAAAAAAAGAAACAAAGAAAUAGGAUGAUGCUUGAAGAAGCAUCGGAUUCGGUUGCUUUAGUAUUGGGACGUAGUUUGUCAAAACGACUGAGUUUUCGGUCAAGAGUUGAUAGAGAUGAUAGAGGAUGGACUUUGCUUCAUAUUGGUGCUAGAAAAGGCGAUCUCAAAGAGGUGAAGCGGUUACUUGAUCGAGGAAUGGAUGUUAAUGUUCCUGCAUGGGGUCCCAAAUCUAAAGGGGCGACCCCUCUCCACCUUGCUGCUGAGGGAGGUCACCUUGAGGUUAUGGAUGAAUUGCUCGAGCGUGGUGCUGAUAUUGAUGCUAGGACUUGGGGCGCUUGUGGUUGGACACCGCUUCAUAGUGCAGCAAAAGGAAGGAAGAAAGCAGCAGUCAAAUUCCUUAUUGAGAAUGGGGCAUUCUUGCCAGAUGACAUAAACGAUAUCAGAUUUAAUCCACCUCUCCAUUACUGUCCUGGUCUUGAAUGGGCAUAUGAGGAGAUGAAGCGUCAACAGAGAGAGAACUGGUCAGCAGGCGAAUCAUCCUACAGCUCUGAUGGCUAGCUAAUAUCCUCUCCCAGCCAUUCUGGUCACUGUAAUAUUUUAAGCGUAAUAGGUUUUUCCAGCGUGUUGUUUUUUGUUCAGUUGCCCUGCAUUGCCGAAGCGUAGAUGAAGUAUUCUAUGGUCUUGUGCUGUGUUGACUUGUUCGCUUAAUACGCUGUUUACUGGUGCUGGUGUUAAGUGGAUAGUGUUGUGUGUUACGAAACUUAUUUUUGUAGUACCAAAUAAUCACAAGGGAGAUGUGCAUUAAUUGCUUA